UCCACUGUGAUUCCACUGGUAAACAGAGAAUAAAUAUUUAAAAAUAAAUAGACUAACCGUAGAAACAUGUGUGACGAUGUUCAAAAUUGUUGCCGCAUAUGUCUGGACGCGGAGUCAGACCAUGUCUCCAUUCUUGGAGACCCCACUAUCAGUUUACACAUGAAAUCCUGUCUGUCUGUAACCGUAUCCGCUAAUGAUCACCUUCCUAAAACAGUUUGCUUGUCCUGUGUAUCAUUAUUAAACCAGUUUUACAACUUCCAACUCAAUGCUCGCUGUUCCCAAGACUGGCUGGAAUCAUCAGUGCAAGAGAAGUUGAAAAAACCGUCUGAAAGCAAAAUGGUGAUACAACCUUUGCCCGACUCGGAAUAUAAUUCAGACUCGCUCUUAGAGUUUCUUAAUAACACUGCGAACAUCGAAGAAUAUUUAAACAACCUUGGUAAGGAAGACAUACCUUGUAUUGUUAACAUGUUGGAUAGAAAUGAGCAUUCUAUGGAAAUAAGUAAGAUGAACAACAAAGUGACUAAAGUACCUAGCCCUAAAAAGAAAGACAUCACAAAGAAAUUUAAAUUAGAAAAAGAAGUGCUGGAUACAGAUUACCAAAUAGCGAAAGGUUUUGCAAUCAAAGAGACUGAUGUAAAAAUCAAGGUGAACCAAGUAAAGGUAGAAAAGAAUGAUUUUAUAUGUUUCGGUUGUAAGAUUAAAUUCGAUACAGUGCAAAAGUUGUUGCAACACCUGAGCGUGUGCGACAUUGCUUCUCGAACUUGCAUACAUUGUAACCAGCUGUUUAAUUCAAAGCUGCAGAUGCAACAGCAUUCAUUAUUACACAAUACUACACAGCCUUUCACUUGCAACUGCGGUGAGGAGUUUCCGUCAAAGGAGCGUUUAAUGCAGCACCAUAAAACCUGCCACAUGGACUAUGCAGCUACUGUAGGAUAUGUGUACCGAUGUAAAGGCUGCGGAGACACGUUUAGAGAAAGGUUCCAACUGUACAAACAUGCUAAAGAACACAUUAUUAAGUCUGAAGAGAGGGUGUGUGAUAUUUGUGGUCAUACUUUCCCUGGCAGCGAUGCAUUGAAUAAGCAUAGAAAAGAGGAACAUGAGAAACCUGAAAAUGUCAUGUACAAAUGUAAAAUAUGCAACAUAACAUCAACAGACCGCAAAGAAAUGUAUCUCCACGUGAAAAAGCAUACCGCAAGACCGGAACCAACUCGUCACUUAUGUGAAUCAUGCGGUCGUAGCUUUACAACUAGAACCUCUUUACUCCGACACUCAUUACUUCACAGUAGUGAUAAGACUGUUUGUCAUAUUUGUCAAAAACAGCUGAUGGAUACUAAGUUGUUAGAGCACCAUUUAAUGGAGCAUAUUGAAAUAGCAAUUUGUGAGAAAUGUGGCCAAAGUAUGAGUAGAUUUAAGCUGGCUACACAUGGUUGUGUGUAGUUUUAUUUUAUCGUAAGUGUCCAGUGGGCCUGCUAACAUAAACAAAUCAGUUUUGGAAAGUCAAAUGCUUCUUUUUUUACUUUCAUGGUAAGUGUGUGGCCUAACACAAACAAAACAAUUUUGUAAAGUCAAAUGUUUUUUUUCCUUGAGCCGAGUUCAUCCAUAAUUAUGUUUUCUGCAAUCUUGCAAAUUAAAAUACCAAAGAUUGAAAAACAAUUAAUAUGCCUGUGUUAGGUUCAACUGUGUUAUUUUUACAGCUAGAGACAAACAAUUAUGUAAUCAUGUCAAUUGCGGAAUUUUAUUAUAUUCGUGGACUGUCCAAAUGAUGAUUUUAAUAUACCUAAGCAAAACUUUACCACUUGAGAUUUUAUGUUACUACAUUUAUUUAUUUUCAAACAUAUUACUACAUUAAUUUUAUUAUUAAUUAUUUAAUGUUUUCGAGAAAGAAUAUUUAGUGCGACAGUAUAAAAACUCAGUUCCAAUCAAAACUUACUUGUUAAUCCGUCUUGCAUCUAAUCGUAAGACCACCGAAAAUACGUAAAACAGUAUACCUAAACUUAGAAUA